GGCCCGUGUCUGUGCCCCUCGCUCGCCCAAGACCCCGGCUUCGGUGCCUCGGGUCCCGUCGCGCGCCGCCAUGGUGGGCCGGCUGAGCCUGCAGGAUGUGCCGGAGCUCGUGGACACGAAGAAGAAGGGCGACGGCGUCCUGGACAGCCCGGACUCGGGGCUCCCCCCAAGCCCCAGCCCCAGCCACUGGGGGCUCGCGGCGGCCGCGGGCGGCGGAGGCGGCGGGGAGCGCGCUCCGGCCCCGGGGGCGCUGGAGCCCGACGCGGCGGCGACCCCCACGGCUCCGCCCUGGGAGUCGCUCGGACGCCGGUGUCGCUGCGGAACCCACGGAACCCACAUCCUGCCCGCGGUCUCAGCGACGCCCGAAGGGGGCUGCAGCCACGGGUGGGAUGUCAGCCCUCCCCGGAAUCCAGCGUCUCUGCCUCUGCCUCCCAGCUGUGCACUGAGGCUGUGCCCCCUGUCCUUUGGCGAAGGAGUGGAGUUUGACCCCUUACCACCAAAGGAAGUAAGGUACACGUCCUCGGUCAUGUACGACUCGGAGCGACACUUCGUGGACGGCGUGCAGCUGCCCCUGGGCCUGGCCGUGGCCUCCUGCAGCCAGACAGUCACCUGCCUCCCCAACUGCACGUGGCGCAACUACAAGGCUGAGGUGCGCCUGGAGCCACGCCACAAGCCCGCACGCUUCCUCAGCACCACCAUCGUCUACGGCAAGUACCCCAAGACCAUCUACACCACCACCCUGGAUUACAACUGCCGCAAGACGCUGAGGCGGUUUCUGUCCAGCGUGGAGCUCGAAGCCACGGAGCUCCUGGGCAGCGACGACCUCUCGGAUGAAUGCUGACUCGGCAGGCGGGGCUGGGGCUGGGCGGCUCUUCCACUGCCCUGACCAGGACCUCUCCAGGCUGGGCUGGGGUCAGGGUUACGGUUAGGGGGACCGGCUCUUCUGCUGCCCUGACCCCGACCUCUCCAGGCUGGGGUUAGGGUUAGGGUUAGGGUUAGGGGGACUGGCUCUUUCACUGCCCUGCCCCCGACCUCUCCAGGCUGGGCUGGGGUCAGGGUUAGGGUUAGGGGGACCGGCUCUUCCGAUGCCCUGACCCCGAUCUCUCCAGGCUGGGGUUAGGGUUAGGGUUGGGGGGACUGGCUCUUCCGCUGCCCUGACCCUGACCUCUCCAGGCUGGGGUUAGGGUUAAGGUUAGGGGGACUGGCUCUUUCACUGCCCUGCCCCCAACCUCUCCAGGCUGGGCUGGGGUCAGGGUUAGGGUUAGGGUUAGGGGGACCGGCUCUUCCGCUGCCCCUGAACUCACAGAUGACUCGGCAGGCUGGGCUGGGGUCAGGGUUAGGGUUAGGGGGACCAGCUUUUUCACUGCCCUGCCCCCGACCUCUCGCAUGACUCCGCAGGCUGUGCUGGGGUCAGAAGGCUCUUCCACUGCCCCCAGCUACCUUGGCCAAGCCCAGCGGCCUUGCCCUUCAUGUCAUUCUAGCCCCAGAGGAGUUUAACCUAGAGAUACCUCCAAGUCCAGGGAAGAAAAAAAAAAUCACUGCAUCUCAUAAU